CCCGCCGCGCCCGUCGCCAUGGCGACCCAUAGCGGCGAAGGGGCAGGUAGAGCAAACGCCCGGCCCAGGGCCGGCGGGCGGAGUGGCGGGAGCGCGGUGGCUGGUGGCGGUCCCUGCGGGGCUGGCGGGCAGUGAUCCGGGAAGGCCGGUGGCCGGGCCUUAGACCUCCAGGCGAGCGCGGUGUGGCGCAGGUAACCGGCCCCGGCCCUCGUCUCCGGUAGGCAGCUGACCUGGACCCGAAAGGGGUGGCGACCCCCACAAGCCUGGGCCCUGCGAAGUGAGGCUUGACCCCGGCCGGCCGAAGACGGGCCUGGGAGAGUGACCUUGGUCAGGUCACUUAGCUUAUUUGCGCCUCAGGUUCCUUCCCCACAGAAUCGUUUAUUCAGCUGAAUGUCCACCAGGGUCUCUGCCUCACACACAGUUCCGGUGUCUCCUAAAUUCCUUCGAUGUGGGAGUGAUAUUGAAAAUCAAGAAAUAUAAACCGAUGUACAGAGUUUCUUAACAUGGAGAAUCAAGCCCAUAAUACAAUGGGGCUGAAGUCUGAGGCUUCAAAAUCUACCUGUUUUGUCAGCUCCCUGAGGAAUCUUUCAGCUUCUCCCAAGGAGGACCCUGUACCGGGAACACCUUUGUCCUCUCACCACUGUUCAGCCUCUGUAACCCUAAUUGUUACCACGAAUCUUGUUUCAAACUCAGUGUACCUUCCUAGGCCCAAGAUCCUGCCGUGUUCCCAUGAGCUUCUCCUUGUGAGGCUGAGCUUCAGGAAUUAAUGGAACAAAUUGACAUCAUGGUGAGCAACAAAAAAUUGGACUGGGAAAGAAAGAUGAGGGCUUUGGAGACACGAUUAGAUCUUCGCGAUCAAGAGUUGGCAAAUGCACAAACUUGUUUGGAUCAGAAAGGUCAAGAGGUAGGGUUACUUCGGCAGAAGUUGGACAGUCUGGAAAAAUGUAAUUUAGCAAUGACUCAGAAUUAUGAAGGACAACUGCAAUCUCUAAGAGCUCAAUUUUCCCAACUAACCAACAGCUUUGAAAAACUGAGAUUACAUCAAAUGAAACAAAACAAAAGUCACCAAAAAGAAUUGUCUCACAAAGAAGAAAUACCCUUUGAAAUGAGCAAUUUGAACCAGAAAUUAGAGGAAUUUAGAGCAAAAUCAAGAGAAUGGGACAAGCAAGAGAUACUGUAUCAGACUCAUCUGGUUUCUUUAGAUGCUCAACAAAAAAUAUUAUCUGAAAAGUAUAAUCAAUUUCAGAAACAGACACAGAAUUACCAAACUCAACUACAUGGUAAGAAACAGUGCACAGAAGACAGCAGCUCUGAAGUUCCUGGCUUGAUAUGUCAUUCAGAUCCUGGUUGUGAAACCAGUGAAAGAGAUGAAUUCAUUAUUGAAAAAUUAAAAUCAGCUGUGAGUGAAAUAGCAUUAAGCAGAAAUAAGUUACAAGAUGAAAAUCAGAAGCUUUUACAAGAACUGAAAAUGUACCAAAGACAAUGCCAGGCCAUGGAAGCUGGACUCUCAGAAGUGAAAAAUGAGCUACAGUCACGUGAUGAUCUCUUGAGAAUUAUAGAAAUGGAACGAUUGCAGUUACACAGAGAAUUAUUAAAAAUAGGAGAGUGCCAAAGUUCUCAAGAAAAUAAAAAAAGAAUUGCACCAUCUUAUUCACCUUCUGGUGAAGAAACAGAAAGGAAAAAGAAAGAGCUAUUUUCAGGGGUCCAGGAUCAAUCAAAUCAAGAAAAAGAACUAAACAAGAUAAGAAACCAGCUCUAUCACGAGGAAGAGUACCACAACUCUGAGCAGGAAAGAAUGAGAAAUGAAAUCUCUAACUUAACAGAGGAGCUUCAUCAGAAGGAGAUCACUAUAGCAACUGUGAUGAAGAAAGCUGCCCUUCUGGAAAGACAGUUAAAGAUAGAAUUAGAAAUAAAAGAAAAAAUGUUAGCAAAACAACAGUUCUCAGAUAUGAGAUAUAAAGCUGUCAGAACGGAAAACACACAUCUGAAAGGAAUGAUGGGAGAUUUAGACCCUGGACCGUACAUGUGUAUGAACUUCACUAAUAAGGCACAUUCAAGGCAUACAUCCAUUAGCAAACUGGAAUAUGAGAAUGAAAAGCUCCGAAAUGAUCUUGCAAAACUUCAUGUCAAUGGAAAAUCAGCAUGGCCUUAUCAGAAUACCUAUGAAGAAACAGGAAUAUAUGCCUAUCAAAGCCAAAUAAAAAUGGAAAAAAAUGAAGAUAGACUUGGCCAAGAUGGCGAGCCAAAUAGAAGUAUAACACCACCAUUGCCAUCUUUGGCAUUUCAGAGCAAAGAAAUAACAAGUCCAUUUGUUAGUGAUGAUGAAGUAUUCCCACUGUCUCCCCCUGAUAUAUCCUUCCCAGCUUCUUUGGCUGCACAGCAUUUCCUACUGGAAGAAGAAAAGCGAGCAAAAGAACUUGAAAAGCUUCUAAAUACACAUAUUGAUGAACUGCAAAGGCAUACAGAAUUUACUCUUAAUAAAUACACCAAACUAAAACAAAAUAGACAUAUAUGAGCUUUUAAAGUUUUUGUCGCCCCAUCACCCCCAAAGAAGCUCUGGUAAAAUAUUUACAAAACUGAUUAAUGAAACAGAAAUUUGGGGGUUUUUUAUCUUGAGUAAACAAUUUCUGUAAUGCAGCUUUUGAAAAUAGUAUAUUGUUUGACAAAGCUGUUUGUAUUUCUGCAUUAACAUACUAGAUUGUUUUACUGUAGAGUUACUGUGAAAUAAACAUGACUACUCCAAAAGAUUUUUUUCCAGUCUAAGGACUACUGUGGAAUUUAAAAAUGCAAAUUUUUUCCACUUGAAUCAUGUAUACUAAAAAAAAACAUUUCCUCUGCAGUGAUACAAAAUUAGGGAAAGGGAAGUGCUGUAUUCCAAAUAUAUAUGACUCAGUCAGGUCAGAUGUACUAGGUAUAGAAACUCAAGGAUUUUUAAAAGUGAAAAAUAUUUCAAUAUUUUUAACUAUGUAAGAUUUCUUUUAUAAAAAGAAAAUAUAUAGCUUUACUGUUCUGAUACUCACUUUUGUAAUACCUCUGUUAUAAAACCACAAACCACAACUUCUGCUUUGUAAUCACUUGUUUUUAAUAUAAUAAAGGAAUUCAGAAUUCAAUACAUUUAAACAUAAAUGUCUAGUUUUCAUAGAACAGUAAUAACAUGGUAAUAACAAAAUUCAAGUUACAAACACCCAAUAAUACUAGUUCAGUAUUCUAGUAUUUUUUCUAAUGUGGUAUAUAUCUGGACCUUGUCUAUCCUAUACCAACUUCAUUGGUACCUCAGUUAACAUUUAAUUUGUUCCACGACUUUGGAAAAGACGAUCACAUUUGUGUUUAUGUAGGAAGAUAGCCAUGGUUCUGUUUGUCACUGAUGUAGAGUUUGUGAAGCAAAACAAAAUUUUGCCAGACAUGUUUAUUUGCAGACUGUUUGCAGUGAAAAACAUUGAGAAACUGAGAUACCACUGUAUAUAUAGAGAUCAUUAGAAAUUCAAGGCAAAUCUUACAACUUUUAGUUUUUUCUCUUUUUAAAAGAAACAACCUUAACAUAUUGGAAGAGAAGAUGAAAUGUCUUUAGAUAACAAGUAUCACUUCCCUGUGAAGAAUGAAGAACAUUAUUCAUUUUAGGUGACGUGACCAUGUGUAGUUUUACAAUACUUUUACAAAGUUUUUCUGUCCUAGUUUAGGUUGCUUUAACAAAAAUAUACCUCACAGUCUGGAGGCAAGAAAGUCCAAAACUAAGGCACCAGUUGAUCUGGAGUCUAGUGAGGACCUAAUUCCUGGUUGAAGACAGGCAUUGAUGAGAAAAAUUUAUCCCAUGUCUGUUCAUAUAAGGCCACUAAUUCAUUAUAUUCAUGGAGAUUACACUCUUAUAACCUGUUAUCUUCCUAAAGACCCUACCCCUUAAUACAUCACAUUGAAGUUUAGGAUUUCAAUAUAUGAGUUUUAGGAUGUAUAAAUAUUCAGUCUAUAACCUCAUAGUAUUUUUCAUUUAAACUUAAGCCUGUGAGGUCAGGAAGGCUAGGAUUAUCAUCCCUGAGAACCAGUUUUUAUAAGAAGUAUAUUUAAAAUCAUGGUAAAGAUGAGAGUCAGAAAGGAAAUCCUGGCUUCUGAUUUCUGACACCACUCAUUACUUCCCAGUGUUACUUCUAAGCAAGCAAAAGUGGAAAAGGUAUACCCAUAAAAGCCAUGCUUGAUGACAAACCAUUAGAGGGGUACAUAGCCUUUAGGGGACCUCUGAAAACCUCAAGUGAGGAAAAUAAUAAGAUUUAUGGUACUUUCAACUUACUUAGUAAUUUCUAGCCUGGACACGAAGAAACUAAAAUAUUUUUCCAUGAUAUUUUUAGAAAGUGAGGAGAAAAGAUUCAUUUAGGAAAAAAGACACUCUAUCAAAUUCUGAAAUCUUUAUAUCCCUAAUGAAAAUAGAAAACAUAUCCCCCAUGCUAUUUAGUCCCUUCAGAAUAAAGACAUGGGUGAAAAUUGUUUGAUGAACUAAAAACCUGGACUACAGCAUUCUUCAAAUUUAGAGGAGCCAAGAAAACAUGAAUGUGAGCAGUAUGUCCAGGACCAUCAAGUCUAUAAGUAAAUUUGUUUUAAAUUAGUAUUCCAGAAUUCUACUUAAUACUAAUUUUCUUAAAACAAUGGGGCUUGUUACUUUUUGCUCAGUAGAAUUCAAUGUUUAGAAUAAAUCAUUUACUGAAGUCCCUCAGAUGUAUAAUCAGGAUAAAAGGCCAGCAGCUCUAGCUGGACAUUAAUAGGAGAAAAGGAGUGAAAGUUGUCUGCUGCUCAUCCCCUCUCCACUGCCCUAUCCUACCCACCUGCCCUCCACCAGCCAAAGGAACUCCACAGAAGAGUUGUCCCAGAUGUCCCAGAUGAGAGCCAUCCAGAUGAACCCAGAAGUUUAGAGCUAGAAGUUUAGAGCUUUAAGGUUCUAACACAUUGAGACAGUUUUACAUUUGUUGGAUAUAAGAUUCUUCAUGGAGGAGCUAAAGAUGGCGGAUUGAUAAACAACAGCAUACAGAGCCUCCCUGAGAGAAAGAACUCAGAUCCAGAAUGAAACAUUUUGGAGAGGUUAGGACAGAAGGAGAUGGAUCCUCUUGACCCAGGAAGAAACUAAAGGGAAAUGAGCUGGUCAAACAUGCAGUUCUGGGGCUAGCAUUGGAACAGCUAAGAUUAAGAGUUAUGGUGCUCUCGCCAGAGUGGCCAAAAUUCAUGCUGCCGCAACUCGCCAGAGCCACCUGAACUAGCACCACUGCAACUCGCCAGAGCCACAGUCACGCUGAAGUCGGAGGUCAGUGAACCAAAUGGAGAACAGAGCCAGCAAGGGGCCUGCGUUAACCUGUGGUGAAUGCUGGAAACAAGACCCUCGCAUGGGAAAGGGGUGACCAACUGGACAACAUAGUCAAGACGGACCUGAACUGGGAAUGGUAGUUCAGUCAGUUACUCCCUUCCCAGAGCAGAUGAGUGAGAUUUGCUUGACCUGGGUCAUGCCCCUGGCCGGGACCCAGUAAGUUCCCAAACCAAUUCAGUACAUGCAGCACACACUAACACAAUGAAGUCCCCCACAGGUUGACUGACCCGGAAGGGAGGGACCAGCAUACACCACCACUGCUUGCACCUCAGUGACCAACAGCAAACUCGAGAGGACAGAGAUCCCUAGCCAGCAUGCUUCAGAAGAACCAUAAGCAACAAGGAAAGGGGCUAGGACCUCUACUAUACACCUGUAUGGAAGAAAACAAAAACAUGACAAAAGAAUUAAGAAAACGCCCCCAGCCCCAACCCUCAGCCCUGAGAAUAUUGAUCCAGAAGAGGUAAGUACAAAAGAGAUUGAGGGCAGCAAACAUGCAAUAUCAGACACAGCAUCAACAGACUGUGUCUCCAGGACCUCAUAGAGGAGCUCAAAACAGAAAUAUUCAAAUAAAGCAAGAUUUAAGUAAUAAAAGAAAUGCUAAGCACUUCUCAAGAAGACACAGAUAGAAGAAUGAACUCAAAAAAAGGAAAUGUUUGAUGUAGAAUUUAAAGAAAUCCUAGAGUACAUGAAGCAGAUUCAAAGAGAUUACCAGGAAAUUAAAAACUCCAUUGAAAGUGGCAAAACUGCUUGAAAGAAACUAAGGGUAGACUUAUCAAAACUUGAAGACAAGUUUGCAAUAUAUGAUUGUGAAAGGAAAGAUCUCUUAAAAAUAACAAGGAAACAGGCAGUAAGUAACAAUACAAAGGCUAGAAGACAACAAGAGGAUCUAUAACUUAAUAAAAAACAUGAAUGAAAAAGCAGGAGUUAAAAAAAAAGGAAAUAGACUAUUCACAGAAAUAAUUAAGGAAAACUUCCCAAGCAUAGGAAAAGGAAAUGAUAUUCAGAUGUAUGAGGCAUACAGAACUCCAGCCACCUACAACCAAAACAGAGAUACACCCAGACAUAUAAUAAGAUCCCAGAAGUUCAAUAUAAGAACAGAAUAUUAAAAGCCAUCAGAGAAAAGAGAUCACCUAUAAAGGAAAACCCAUCAAAAUCACAGCAGACUUCUUGACACAGACCAUCAAGUCAAGAAGAGCUUGGAGCAAAGUAUUCCAAGCCCUGAAAGAAAAUAAUCUCCAGCCCAGAUUGGUAUACCCUGAAAAACUGUUUCUAGAAAUUAAUGGAGAAACAAGGUGCUUCCAUGACAGAGGAACCGGGGGAAUUUGUGACUACCAAUACAACUCUACAGAAAAUACUGAAGGACAUUCUAGAGAGAAAAAAAAAAUACCAGGAUUUCAGGAACAGUGGCAGAGAGGCCUCAAUGAACGGGGCAGACAGUGGAAUGAAGGAGAAAAGUAGAUAACCAAUGGCAGGAAAAUAGCAUAGAAAUGAGGCAGAGAAGGUUGCCUAUAAUCUCUAACAUAGAUGAACUUGAUACACUAAAAAAAAAAAGAAAGAAACAUAGGCAGAGUAGAUCAGGAGAUAAAGUCCACCAAGAUGCUCUGUAUAGGAAAUAUAAUUAACUUGAAAGUGGUUUAUGGACCAAAAAUCAAAUAUGAGAAAACAAUUCUCUAUAUGUCAGGGAACCAGAGAGAAACAGGCGCAACUCAAUCAGCACCUGCAGAUAGGUUGGAAAGACAAGAUACUUAUGUGCAGAGGAGAACUCAGCUAUAAUGAAAGAAAACCUUGAGGCUUUUGUUUGUAAAGAAAUACAACUUGAGAUCAAGUCCAGCAGUGAUAAGUAUAGCAGGUUGCCCCCACCAAUCUAAAAACUGAGGGAGUUGGUAGAACUCAAUGUGCAGCACCCUGUGAAAGUGAGAGAGGAGGAAUAGUCUUAAAAAAGAAGGCAGAGGAUUUUAUUAAUAGUGAAUCAGGACUUAAAACCCACAUUACUUACACUGCUUUGUUUAGAUGUAUUAUAUUCUGUUCCAGAUGGUUUACUUGUACUAGAUUUGAGGGCACAGACAGCUAUCCCGAAAAUAGCAGGAUAUAGUAUGGCAAUCAUCCCUAAUUUCCCAUUAACUUAAUCUGAAGCCUUGUAUAAUUUACACUGUUUUAUCAUGACUGAUCUUACUUAGUUGAACCUGGUUUGUUAGAUUGCAGUUUUUAUUGACAGAUUUUAUUCAAAUCUGUUAUGGUUGAUAGUAUCAAGUCUGAAAACAGGAAACUACACUGAAGAUGACAAGAUUCACUAGGAUACUUGCUCUGGUUUUGAUUAUUGCUUUUGAAGUUUUACACUGUCUACAAUGUUUUGUUUUUAUUAAUAUUGUCAUGCACUGCUAUAUUCAAUUAUACUAUGCCUGAUGAUAUGGACGAUUCUAUUGAAGAUAACAAGAGACAACACAGUAACCAUAUCACCUUGUACUGUGGUUUUAUAUAACUUUUUCAUUUCAUGUUUUUAUAGGAGUUUGUUUUGUUUUGUCUUGCUAUGCUUUGUUUUUGCCUCUAAUACAGAAAGGAUAGAAAUACAUGUAGAGACUCAUACAUCUGUAGAACCUAUAAACAAUUUAUGAGAACUAAUUAUACAAUGCAUGAUGAAAUGAAGAACUGCUUUGAAGAAAAAGAGACACUACAGUACCCAGUACUGAUUCCAAGGUGUCAUGAUGUGAAAUCCAGCAAUACUACCAUUCUUUGUUCAAAGUGAUUUUAGCCUGUUUUGUUUUCUAUAAUUUCAACAUACAUGAAGAUAUGGACAAUUACUUUGAAGAAAAUGAGAGACACUAUGUUGACUUCCCUAUUUUCAGGUCUUGAAGACCUAAAACGCCUUCCUCAUCCUAUUCAGGUCAGUUCUAUACUAUGUUGUUUCAUGUGAAUUCUCUGUAUGUGAAGAUAUGGACAACUAUUUGGAAGAAAACAAGAGACGAUAUAAGAUCUCUGUCUUGCUUUGAAAUUUAUGUCUCUUACAUUGGUUUCUUACAUUCUGUUUUGUUGUGUUUAAUUUUGCCCUCUUUAAAAUAAAAAAAAUUAUUUAAAAAAAAGUUUCUUCAUGUCCUGGUCCUGUGGCCUUAAGUGAAGUUUCCAUUUCGUUGUAGGCUUAUUUCACUAUCUGUCAAGGAAUUCUUAUGAAGAUAAAAAGAGGUUAUGUACACAGCACAGAGCCUGCACAUAGUAAGCAUUCAGAGUACAUACUAGAUGUAACCAAUUGUUAUCCUUGCCUUCUGAGGCAUUAGGGCUCAGUCUAGAAGACUACAUCAGUCAGAGACUACAUCAUUUUUGAGAAUGAUAUGCUAGCCACUAGCCAUAGGUUAAAUUCAUUUAAUCACUAACAAUUUCAUAAAAUAAUUUAAACUGGGUGUGGUAGUGUAUGCCUGCAAAGGCCUCCAGAACUGCAAAGGCUAAAGCAAAAAGAUUAUAGGUUUGAGGUGAGCCUGGGCUACAUAAUCAAUUCAAGGCCAACCUGACUUAUCUCAGAAUAACAAUAACAAUGAAUAACAGAAUGACAAUGAGAAACAGUUUACAUGCCAGAAAAGUUAUCCAUUUCAAGGGUAUGAGUCAAUGACUUUUACUAAGUUUAUAAAGUUGUAUAACCUUUGCCACAAUCCACUUUUAGGACAUUUCCAUCACCCCCAAAAGAUUAAUAUGCAUCUGCAGUUGUGCUCUAUUCUCAUCCCCAACUCCAGGCAGCCACUGAACUACUUUAUAGAUUUACCUGGACAUUUCUUAUAAAUGUACUCAUGUAAUAUAUAGGUUUUUGCAUCUAAGUUCUUUCACUUACCAAUAUUUUUGUUGUCUGUAUUAUGUUGUAGAAUGUGCUGGUAUUUUGUUCUUCGUUGUAUUGCUCAAUAGUACUAUACUGCAUGAAUAAAUUGUUUCAUAUAUCCACUUUACCACUUGGUGGACAUUUAUUUGGAUUGUCAGAUUAGGGGGACAUCUUGAAUAAAGCUGUUAUGAAUGUUGGCAUACAA